CGGGCUAUGGCUUAGGACGCCAGAGGGGCCAGCCGAGAGGUCAAGGCCAGGGGAGGGCAGCCAACUGAGGCAAGAAGAAGCCGCACGAUGAGUUUCCACAAGGAGGACGGCGUGAACAGCCUGUGCCAGAAGGCGCUGCACAUCGUCACCGAGCUGUGUUUCGCGGGCCAGGUGGAGUGGGAGAAGUGCUCGGGCAUCUUCCCCCGGGACCGAGGCAGCCAGGGCGGAGGCAGCACAGAUAUUUCGGUCAGCUUGUUAGCAGUCGUCGUCAGCUUCUGUGGCCUGGCCCUGUUGGUGGUCUCUCUUUUUGUCUUCUGGAAGUUGUGCUGGCCUUGCUGGAAGAGCAAACCCGUGACCUGCAACAUCAAUGCUCUUCCGCAGGCCCCUGCGAGUGCUCCUGCCGAAGUGCUUGAGACUGAAGAGAAGAAAGAGCUUAAAGAAAAUGGAAAGCCAGCACCGAAAGCUAUUGAGCCUGCAAUAAAAAUCAGCCACACUUCCCCCGAUAUCCCAGCAGAAGUUCAAACUGCUUUAAAAGAACAUUUAAUUAAGCAUGCACGUGUGCAAAGACAAAUUACUGAGCCUGCAUCUUCAACCCGCCACAGUUCUUUCAAGAGACACCUACCACGGCAAAUGCAUGUGUCCAGUGUCGAUUUUAGUAUAGGCACAGAGCCCGUUUUACAAAGAGGAGAAACAACAACCAGCAUUGGGAGGAUAAAACCAGAGCUCUACAAACAGAAAUCAGUCGACUCUGAGGGCAACAGGAAAGAAGAUGUCAAAACCUGUGGGAAACUUAACUUUACCCUCCAGUAUGAUUAUGAAAAUGAACUUCUGGUUGUUAAACUCAUCAAAGCGUUAGAUCUCCCCGCUAAAGACUUCACAGGAACGUCUGACCCGUAUGUGAAGAUGUAUCUUCUUCCAGAUAGAAAAAAGAAAUUCCAGACCCGUGUGCACAGAAAGACUUUAAAUCCUCAAUUUGAUGAAACUUUUCAAUUUCCAGUAGCAUAUGAUCAAAUAAGCAACCGGAAACUGCAUUUCAGUGUUUAUGACUUUGACAGAUUUUCUAGACAUGACAUGAUUGGAGAAGUGAUUCUUGAUAAUUUGUUUGACGUCUCUGAUCUCUCCAGAGAAGCCACAGUAUGGAGAGAUAUCCAUUGGGCUACCGCAGAAAGCGUAGACCUGGGUGAAAUCAUGUUUUCCCUUUGUUAUUUGCCAACUGCUGGACGUAUGACAUUGACAGUCAUCAAGUGCAGAAAUCUGAAGGCUAUGGAUAUUACUGGCGCAUCAGAUCCUUAUGUCAAAGUGUCUCUGAUGUGUGAGGGUCGAAGAUUAAAAAAGAGGAAAACAACUACAAAGAAAAACACUCUAAACCCUGUGUACAAUGAGGCCAUUAUUUUUGACAUUCCUCCGGAGAAUGUGGAGCAGGUCAGCCUCUCCAUCGCGGUCAUGGAUUAUGACAGGGUAGGACACAAUGAGGUCAUAGGGGUGUGUAGAACAGGACUGGACGCUGAGGGCCUUGGGCGAGACCACUGGAAUGAAAUGCUGGCCUAUCACCGAAAACCAAUAACACAUUGGCACCCCUUGCUGGAGUUACCUGGCCGGGCGAAUAGUUUUGAUAGUCAAGGAUCCUGUUCAUCUCCCAAACCACCUUCCACACCGUAAUGCCUCCAAAAUAAGAUCAUUGUCGUGAGGAACCAGGACAUGUGCUCAUCAGAUCAGAAAAAAAGCAGAAGGUUUGAUUUCCUCAUUUAAAAUAUAUCCUGGUAGUAAACGAACUU